AUGCAGUCUGCUUUACCUGCGGGUGCAACCCUCCUUGGCAUGAUUUUAUCCUCAGACAAGACUACCAUUACAUCAUUGACAGGCAAUUGCAUCGCUCAUCCACUCCUCAUCAGCCUUGCCAAUCUCCACAUGAACAUGCGCUCAAAAUUGUUGACCAACUCUUUUGUCCUCACUGUGCUUCUACCUGUCCUGAAGUUUGUCCAGAAGAAAAAAUGCAUGAAGGGUGUGUUGCAGGACUGUCUUAUCCACCAAUUCCUCGACCUCAUUUUACGUCUGCUGAAACAGGCUGCCAAACAUGGUAUCAUGCUGUCUGACCCCAUCGGGCGCAGCCGUUAUUGCUUUACUACCCUUGCAAGUUAUAUUGUCGAUAUGCCUGAAGCAAUGAUGCUGUUGACUGUUGGGGGGAAAACAUCUCCUGUGACGAUGGUGAUGUAUAUGCAGUUUGGAGAUAGCUUCUGGCAUGAACCUCGGACAAGAUCAACAACUCUUGCCCAGCUCGCUGUUGUAUGCUCACGCGCUGAUCCAAAUGAUCUCGAGGCACAUUUCUGUGAAGCCCAAAAAUUUCACCUGAACGGUGUUGACAAGCCAUUCUGGAGUGACUGGAUAUUCGCAGAUCCUUCCUAUUUCCUUACCCCCGAAACACUCCACCACAUUCAUAAAGAGUUCUACAACCAUGAUGCCCAAUGGCUCAUUGUAUCUGUUGGAGAAUCUGAAAUCAAUUUUCACUUCUCUGUUCUACAGCCCAUCACCAGUUUUCAGCACUUUCAUGAAGGGAUCUUGAAGUUGAAACAAGUCACUGUUAGUGUGGAUGCAGUGCCCCCCAGUGUCCUUGCUGCAGUAUGCGUGCUCAUGCAAUUCCGUUACCUUGUGCAGUUGCCGCGCAUUGACGAGAACAAUCUCAAGCUUAUCUCUGGUGCACUGGAUGAAUUCCAUGUGAAGAAGGACAUGAUUAUCACUGCUGGAGCUCGUUGUGGGCAACACAACAAUAGUAUUGUCCCCAGCAUUCACAACAGUGGCGUCACGAGCCAAUGGACUGCCGACAUCACCGAACAUAUCACGGAGAUUAAAGACCCUGCAAGAUCUAGCAACAACAUCAACUAUGAUCCGCAGAUCUGUCGACAUCUCAACCGAGCCGACAAGUGUCGUCGAUUUGAGCUCGCCAUCAACCUUUUAGAUUGUGAUCAAAGUCUGCAAGAUGUUGACAUAGACCCCAAAGACAAUGUUGACACCUGA